CGAUAACCUGAUCCGAGCUGUGACGUGUCUCCGGGGUUUCCGGCCAUGGCGGCUCGCUGCGGACCCGUUUACCGGCUCCGGUCCGGUCUGUCCGGCAGGGCUUUAGCCGCCGACCAGGACUCGGAGUCUGGACUCUACCGGGUCCUUCGCGCUCCAGAACCCGCAGCCCGGAGAGACCGCAGAGCAGCAGCCGGGCGUCCGGGUCGCGCGCGGUCCGCUCUGCCCAAAUAUGGGCCUUCCUGCCCGCCAUAUUUGGCAACGUACGUCACGCAGGAGUCUUUAUAAAGCCCGGAAUCCUCCCGCAGAAAGUGACACUCAAGUUUAAGUUGACCCGAGCAACAUGUGAAAAACAACCACGUUGUUGUUGUUGUUGUUGUUGUUGUUGUUGUUAUUAUUAUUGUUUACUCUUUCGGUGCACAAGCAUCAACGGGACCCGGAGCUGUCGACCCUCCACGCGUUGCCCGGACAGAGCGCCUCUCCGCCCGGCUCAGCAGCGGAGAUCAGCUCGGUCCUCCCGCAGGAAGCGCUCGGAGCUCCAGGGUCGCUUCUCCUCCUCCGGAGAGAUGGCAGCGACCAAAGCGGAGCUGCUCCUGUCCGCCCUGCAGCUCCCGGACCCCCUGGCCGGCCUGCCGCCGCUCCCCUCCCCGCUGGACGGGUACUACUCCAAGCUGGAGGAGCUGCAGAUGCUGCUGCAGAACGCCGCGGCCGGAGGCUCGCUGCUGGCCGCGUCUGCAGCGGAGGGAGCCGGGCCGCUGAACCUGGUGGAGCCCGGGGAGUACGGAGACUCUCUGUCGGACCUGGACCUGCACAGUCUGCCCCCCCUGACCCCCCGCUUCACCCCUCUGGCCUACAGCGGCCGCUUCAGCUUUGAGCCCGCCUCCGGUGGCGGCCUGUGGGCGGAGCCUCUCCUCAGCCUGUUCACGGGGUUGGUCAGCGUCCCCCCCGCCGCCACCUGCGGCACCCCCCUCUCUUCUUCGUCGUCGGCGAGCUUCAGCUUCGGUGACGUCACCUCCGUCUUCUCGGCGGCGCCGACGUACACCUCCGCCGCCGACUCCGACUCUCGGGGCUUCCCACAGCAGGCCCCGCCCCCCGCCUACCCGUCUUCCAGGCUCGGCCUCCAGGUGGUGCAGAUGCUUCCCGACUACCUCGUGUCGGGGGACGGCGGGGGGCUCGGCCCGAUCCAGGACCAGAAACCGGCGGUGAACCCGCUGCCGCUCACGCCGCUCUCCACCAUCAAAGCCUUCUCCUCGGGGCAGAUCCAGCCCCGAGGCUCCACCCCCGGACCCGCCCACCAGGCCCAGCUCACCAAACUGUGCCGCACAACCAGGAAGGCGUCCGGUGGGCGUCCGUGCAAGAGGCCGCCGGGCGAGCGGCCCUACGCCUGCCCCGCCGACGAGUGCGAGCGCCGCUUCUCCCGCUCCGACGAGCUGACGCGCCACGUGCGCGUGCACACGGGUCAGCGCCCGUUCCAGUGCCGCAUCUGCAUGCGCGGCUUCAGCCGCAGCGACCACCUGACCACGCACAUCCGCACGCACACCGGCGAGAAGCCGUUCUCCUGCGCCGAGUGCGGCCGCAGGUUCGCCCGCAGCGACGAGCGCAAGCGACACGCCAAGGUCCACCAGAAGCAGCGUGAACGCGGCCACGCCUUGGCCCCUCCCACCUCCUCCUCCCCUUGCUCCUCCUACUCCUCCCCCGCUCGCAGCUCCCCCUCCCCCAACGCCUCCCUCUUCACCUACUCCUCCUCCUUUUCCCCCUGCUGCUCCUCUCCAACGGGGAGUCCUCAGUCCAACCUCUGCUGACGGACAGCAAAUGUCCACCUGUCGUGACCUUUGGCCUCCGCCUUUAAUUGCAAACAGACAUUUGAACUUUGCGUCGACGAGGUCAAAGGUCAGACGCCUGGCUGUGACGUACAAACUGCUAAGGAGAACGUGUACUUAACGUGUACAUGUAGUAUAAUGUACAUGAACGUGUACCUACUGAGUAGGUUCUGAGAUGUUGGUUUACUAUAUUUUAUACUGAACAUGUUUCCUCUUUAAAGUGAAGAGAAUAAAAUGUAUAAACACGU